UUUCCCUUUCUUUUUUCCACUGCACCCACCACGCUGUGUUUGUUUAUCUAUUUAUCCCUCGUCUUCUGCCCCAUGUAAAAGGGUAAAAACCCCACACAGCAUAUUCUCCUUCCAAGCCUGCAUACACUUUCUUUUCUUCUUCAACAACCAUGUCCUCUAUACUCUGUUCACAGGGAGUGGUUCUGGCCACUGCCAUGGCUGUCUCCGGCACCGUAAUUCUCCUCGCUCUUCGCCUUCAAAAAUCUCUACCUGCCUCCCUCUUACCUAUUGACCAAAUUCCACAAUCUUCAGACCAAGUUCUGCGCUCCUGUAUCUCAUCAGAGGGGAAGAAAAAGAAGAAGAAAAAGCGGGUGCACUUUGCAGAGGAUGUGGUGGAUCCAAGUGGGAACGGGGAAGAGUUCAGGAGGCAGCGUGAUACCAUUGUUCUUGGCAAGAAUUCAUAUUCUCCACCAAAGUUCAAGAAGAUUGGUGGUGGUGGUGGUAGCAGUGGUGCUAAAGGCAAAGGAAUGCCUGCAAAUAGAGUGGCUCUUUACAAUGGGAUCCUUAGGGAUCGUGUGAUUCACCGAUUGGCCUAUUCUUGUUAAUUGACUGUUUUUGUGUAUAAUAUUUUGUGUUGCUGUGUGAUUUUUAGUCCAAUACUGUAUAUAUUCUUCUUCUUUCCCUUUUUUUUAAUUAAUCUCGAAGGAGGAAAUGGCCCACGGUCCUUUUAAGACUGUACUGGCCAUUGUUUCUCAUCUGAUAAUUGGUCAUGGCGAUGAAUCCUCUUGGUAUUAGCUGAGGAUUUUGUCUGUAAUUUUGGAAGGUAAUCUAAUUGGAAUAUUUGUUCACAAGUUUAUAUAAAUAUCAAGAGUUCUGGCUUUUUCUGCCCCA